AUGUUUACAGUGAACUCUGGCCCCCCACCCCCACCCCACUGCCAAGGUGCCCUUGAGCAGCCCAGCAGCUGCCGGCUCCCCCUGUGGACCCUGUCCCCUGUGGACCCUUCCCCCCCCCCAGUCCAGUGUCUUAUGGUCACCGCAUUCUGCAUCAGUGAUCUGAGGGGAGGAGAGAUGCGCGUGCACGUGCAGGGGAAGCGGAAGGACUGCGGCGUUCCCGCGGCAGCAUCAGCACCAGCAUCAGCACCAGCAUCAGGCACCAGCAUCCGCAUCCGCAUGCGCAUCUGCGGGUCACGCGUCCUUCCCUCCACACAAUACAUGCCGCACGCGCUGCCGUCCUCUCCCGUUAACCGUGGUCUCCUGACCACACCGGAACCACCGUCUCGUUUCCUCCGUGUGUCCGCCUCUGGGGCCGCUCAGAACCAGGACAUGCCGGUUCCGGUGGUCCGGGUCAGAACCAUGAACCCCUGGAUGCUGCUCGCGCUCCUCGACUGUGGUGAAACCAACAUUAAACCUGACAUUUGUGUUUCAGUGAGACCGACUGUCAUUGAAACAGCAGUUUACAUCAACAGCAUUGGACCAGUGGACCCCAUCAACAUGGAGUACACCAUCGACAUCUUCUUCGCUCAGACGUGGUACGACAGCAGACUGAAGUUCAACAGUUCCAUGAAGCUGCUCAUGCUCAACAGUAACAUGGUCGGAAAAAUCUGGAUCCCAGACACGUUCUUCAGAAACUCACGCAAAUCUGACGCACACUGGAUCACAACACCCAACCGCCUCCUGAGGCUGUGGAGCAACGGAAGAGUCAUGUACACCCUGAGGUUGACUAUUAAUGCGGAGUGUUACCUUAAGCUGCAUAACUUUCCCAUGGAUGAACACUCCUGUCCCCUGGAGUUCUCCAGCUAUGGAUAUCCAAAGAAUGAGAUCAUGUAUCGGUGGCAGAGGCGAGCGGUGGAGGUGGCGGACCAGCGCUACUGGAGACUGUACCAGUUUGCAUUUGUGGGCUUGAGGAAUUCCUCGGACGUGGCUCACACUCAGUCAGGGGAGUACGUCAUCUUGACCAUCUUCUUCGACCUCAGUCGUAGGAUGGGCUACUUCACCAUCCAGACCUACAUACCCUGCAGUAUGAUCGUGGUCCUGUCCUGGGUCUCCUUCUGGAUCAAUAAGGAUGCGGUCCCAGCUCGAACAUCCCUAGGUAUCACCACCGUCCUGACCAUGACCACCCUCAGUACCAUCUCCAGGAAGUCCCUGCCCAAGGUCUCAUAUGUGACGGCCAUGGAUCUGUUUGUGUCCGUGUGUUUCAUCUUUACGUUCGCCGCCCUCAUGGAGUACGGCACUCUGCACUACUUCACCAGCAACCGGCAGACCAAGAAGUCCAAGGCCAACAACAGCACCCAGCAGAGGGCGUCCAGCAUGGUCAACAUCCGUCCUGGGACGUCGCUGCUGCAGGUCAACAACAUCGUGCCCUACCACGAGGAGGACGACUACGCCUACGAGUGUCUGGACGGAAAAGACUGCGCCAGCUUCUUCUGCUGCUUCGACGACUGCCGCUCGGGCGCCUGGCGUGAAAACAGGAUGCACGUACGCGUUUCCAAGAUCGAUUCUUACUCGCGAAUAUUUUUUCCCACUGCUUUUGGCCUUUUCAAUCUGGUGUAUUGGAUCGGUUAUCUGUAUCUAUAAAAGAAGGACGACUGGAGUUUUAGAUCUGCAAGCAUUUCCAACAGACGACGCUGCUCGGACA